AUGGCGGCCCAAGUAAGUCAGAAGAAGCAGCAAGACCUGCAAACGCAGUACGGCGUCUACAAGAACACUCUGCAACAGAUUGCGCAAAAGAUUGGCGAUGUAGAGCAAGAAGCCGAAGAACACAAGCUUGUCCUAGAGACCCUGCAACCGCUGUCCGAGGACCGGAAGUGCUUCCGCCUCAUCAACGGGGUCCUCAUGGAGCAGACGGUCAAGGACGUCAUGCCCGCCCUGACGACCAACUCGGAAGGUCUGAAGAAGGUCCUGGAAGACCUUGUGAAGCAAUACAAGGCUAAACAGGACGAGCUGGAGAAUUGGAAGAAGAAGAACAAUGUUCAGGUUGUCCAGAACUGA